AUGGCAAUGGGCACGAGCGCUUCUACCCUGCGCCCACCAGUCUUGCCGCUCCUCGUUCGCACCCCGUACCUCAGCACAUGGCUUCCGAAUGCGCGCAGCCCUCCAUGGGAAUCUUGGCCUAUUUUCUGGACAGGUGAACAGGUUGGAUUGUCUGUGAUGGUCUCGAUCCCCGACAGUGGCCAAGUGUUCCCACUCCUCGGCAGACCACAAGACUCGCUCCCGUCCGACCUGCCGCUGUCCGAACCUAAACAUCACGACAUCUCGUUCGAUGCAUCCACGACGAACAUUACUUACCAUCUGCAACUGGGUUUUGACGCCAGCGCGUUUGCCUAUGUCACCUUGUCCUUCUUAUCGCCAGUUACGCCUACUUCGGUUUUCCGCCAGUCUCUUCCCGCAGCAUAUGUUACCAUCUAUGUCGAGGGUCCGGCCAGAGUUAAUGUGUAUGCAGACCUCAAUGGAAAAUGGAUCAGCGGAAAGGAUGACAGUGCCAUUAUAUGGAAUUUCGAUCAACGAGGCCAAUCUCAAGCCUCCUCGGCCAUCAAAUCCUGGAAGGUCUCCCGAGAGACAGAGCAGUUAUUCACCGAAACGAAUGACCGGGCCGAAUGGGGAACAUUGUACUUCAGCGGUCCAGAAACUGCUGCUCAUCAAUCUGGACCCUCAGAUCUCCUUCGCCAAACGUUUGCUCGACUUAAACAGUUGAGCAACACGACCGACGAGGACUAUCGCCAGAUCAUGGAUCGUGAACCAGUCUUUGCCUUCUCGACAUCCCUGGAGCCAGGAUAUUACGAAGCCAGCGAGAAAAACUCUGUCACGUUUACCGUUGGCUUAGUCCAGGACCCUGUAGCGCAAUUCGCUGCAGCGCGCGGCCUUACAGAGAUGAGGCCGUUCUGGAAGUCGCUUAUACCUGACGAAGCUGAUAUGAUUAACUUCCACUACCAUGAUUUUGGCAAAGCUUCGUUUCUUGCUUCCAAUUACUCGGCUCGGCUAGAUUUCGACGCACGCUUGGUGGGAUCCGAGAGCUACCCUGAUCUCGUCGCCUUGUCGGCACGCCAGGUCCUCGGGGCUACUACUUUCUCAGGAACACCACAAGACCCGAUCCUGUUUCUAAAGGAAAUAUCCUCAAAUGGGAACUUCCAAACUGUCGACGUCAUCUACCCAGCUUUCCCAUUUUUCCUGUAUACGAAUCCGACAUGGUUGACGUAUUUACUAGAGCCCCUUCUCGAGUACCAACUGAGUGGACAAUACCCCAGAAAUUACAGCAUUCAUGACAUUGGAACUCACUUUCCCAACGGAACUGGACACUCAGACGGAAACGAUGAAUACAUGCCUCUCGAGGAGUGUGGAAACAUGCUUAUCAUGGCGUUGGCGGUUGUUAAUGCCAUCGGGGAAGAACCUGUGCUCAUGGAGCUUACUCCUUCUGCUAGCUCAGAAGCAGUCUUUCAUCAGCCACUUCUAGCGGGUCAAUCGGGACCCAGGUUCGCGCGCAAGUGGGCCAAGAAGUCGUACAGUCUGUGGAAGUUGUGGGCCGACUACCUGGUUCGAGAAACUCUCAUCCCCGAAAACCAGCUGUGCACCGACGAUUUUGCCGGGCUGCUCCCGAAUCAGACGAAUCUGGCACUCAAGGGUAUUAUCGGGCUUCGGGCAAUGAGUGACAUCGCAGCCAUUGUGGGAAACGAACAAGAUGCGGAACACUAUAAGAACAUAUCCGUGUCUUACAUCAAUAAGUGGCAAGAGUACGGGAUCUCGCGUGACGGUACACAUGCCAAAUUGGGCUACGAGUGGUUUGGCUCCUGGACAACUCUGUACAAUCUCUUUGCCGACACUCUUCUCUGUUUCCAUAACCCUGCCAAUGAUCUGGAGGACGGAGAGGAUACUACACAGUCGCCUAUUGGAGCUAAACCACAACCUGAGCACUUCAUCCCGGACAAGAUCUAUUCCAUGUCCAGCCAGUGGUAUCCCAACGUCAUGCAAAAGUAUGGACUGCCCCUAGACAGCCGCCAUCUCUACGCCAAGAGUGAUUGGGAACUCUUUGCCGCUUCCGUCGCGAGCACCAAAACCAGGGAAGAGAUCAUUGAAAGGGUUGGUCUAUGGAUAAACGAAACAAUUACAGGUAAGCCGGUUUUCAUACUUACAACACCAGAGGCAACCAAAAAGGCACGGACUAAUUCCGCUGUAGAUCGACCUUUGACCGACUUGUAUGACACUGAAGGCGAGGGAAACUUUGACCCAGUGCCGUUCAAGGCCAGACCCGUUGUAGGUGGCCACUUUGCCCCCCUAUCCCUGCAGCGAGCGUGCAAUGGCAGGGCCCUGAAGGGACUUCGUUUCUUGGAUGUAGAACAGCGUAUAGAGGAGACCUCGACCGAAGGAAAACCCGUGGGGGAGAAAUCAGCAUCUGGGGAGCUUUGA